AUGUCGCAACACUCCGAGCGCCCUGCGGGCGUAGACGGCCGACAGGACCAAUCUGCUCAGCAUACGAGGCGCAGUCUCCAUGCGCCGAAGCGCGGGUGGCUCCACGAAGCCGGAAAACUGGUCAAAGGCCAGACGCCGCACGGCACAUCAUCAAGACCACACCAACAAGCCAACCCCAAGGCGCAACAACCAAAUUCCGAGACCGCAGAGCUCGAUCAAGAGGCGGAGACCAUCUUCCGAAGGACAGCGCGAUACGGAGGCUCGGACCCGCACGACCCCCAAGAUCACGCAUACGAGCCUGCAAGCCCCGCCGACGAUAGCGACAGCGGCACGCGCGUGCCUUCGUCACCCACACAUACGAAGCCAAAGCAUGAGCAGAGCCGCCGCAGCCAAAGUGACGAUGACGACCAUGACUCUGAGCAGGGCCGCCCUCGCGGCAACCCAGAUGAAUCGCAGGAUCCGAACCAAGUCGAAUGGGAAGGUCCGGACGAUCCGGAGAAUCCUCAAAACUGGUCGCUCAGGAGGAAAUGGGCACUCACCGUGCUCGUCUCGAUGUUCACCGUCAAUGUCACUUUCGCCUCUUCGGCCCCGUCUUCGGCUACCCAGCAACUGACGCAGGAAUUCCAAAUCGGCACUGUCACUGCCACGCUCAUCACCUCGCUCUUCCUCGCCGGCUACUGUUUGGGACCCAUCCUCUGGUCUACAAUGUCCGAGCUGGUGGGUCGCAAGCUCAUCAUGAGCAUCGCCAUGCUCAUGUACACGCUCUUCAUCCUCGGCCAGGCGCUCGCCAAGAACCCCGAGACCCUCUUCGUUACUCGCUUCAUCAGCGGCGUCUGCGCAGCUGCACCUCUCACCAUCUGCGGCGGUGUCAUCGCCGACAUGUGGGAUCCAGUCGGCCGUGGCUUCGCCAUGAGCCUCUUCUCUUGCGCAGUGUUCAUUGGGCCUGUACUAGGUCCUAUCGUCGGCGGGUUUGUGACCCAGUCCUAUUUGGGCUGGCGCUGGGUAUUCUGGGUGAUGAUGAUCUUCGCUGGCGUAUGCUGGCUCGCCAUCCUCCUUUUCUUGCCCGAGACCUUCGCGCCGGUGCUGCUGAUGCGAAAAGCCAAGCGACUGCGCAAGCUGGACCCAGAAGCCAACAAGCAAGUCUAUGCUCCUCACGAGAAGAGCGACUGGUCCAUCGGUGGUAUCGCACACCGAACUUUGCUGCGACCCUUCGAGAUCCUCACGCAGGAGCCCAUCCUGGUGCUCAUCACGAUCUACCUAUCGAUCGUGUACGGUAUCCUCUACGGCCUGUUCGAGGCUGUUCCUAUCGUCUUCGAAAUGAAGCGAGGUUUCAACUUGGGCGAGUCCGGACUCAUCUUCAUUGCUGUCGGGCUAGGGACGACCAUCGGUGGCAUCAUUAAUAUUUUCCUGUCGCUCCGAUACAAACAGCUCACACCUUUCUGGCACAACAUGCCACCUCCCGAGGAGAGGUUGUGGGGCUCGAUGAUCGCCGGUCCUAUCCUUGUUCUUGGCGCCUUCUGGUUCGGAUGGACGGGUCAGUAUACAUCGGUACCUUGGUACGUGCCGGCGCUUGCACUCAUUCCAAUCGGGAUGAGUUUCACUCUGGUCUUCAUUUCUUUGCUCGCCUACAUCGUAGAUUGCUACACUGUCUACGCCGCAUCCGCUCUCGCUGCCAACACGAUCGUUCGAUCGGCUGUUGGUGCCGCCUUCCCCUUGUUUUCGCGCCAGCUUUGGCAAGGACUCGGCGCUAACUGGGCUGGUUCGCUGCUAGGCUUUGUGGCACUGGCUAUGACACCAUGCCCGUACAUCUUUUACGUGUACGGCAGCAAGAUUCGCGGCUGGAGCAAGUUUGCGCCUGCUAUGGAUCUCAAAGUCCGCGAGGAGCUGGAAAAGGAAGGCAAGCUGCCCGAAGACAGUCUCAACACCACCAGUGCUUUCGACCGCAACGGUCUCAGACAAGCCAAGAAGGACGCAGCAGCCAAGGAGGAUCCCGAGAAGCAGCAUCAGCAGUCGUAA